AUGGGAAUUCAGUCGCAAAAUAGACGGCUUCCCUCCGCCAAGCUAUACAUGGCGUGUUUGGCAGUACAGAUGGGGUCCAUACUAUUUGGCUGUUCAUUAGGCUGGACUGGACCGGCGCUGGCAGAUAUGGCCCGCAGUGAUAGUAAGCCCCGUCUAACGAAUAGUGCCCAUGAUACUGAUAUUAAAACAUGGAUUGGCUCCAGUGUGACAUUGGGUGCACUAUUUGGGGGCAUAAUUGGAGGUUUUUGUAUCGAGUAUUUUGGCCGCCGGCGGACUUUUGGACGCGAAGUAUGGCUACUAAUUGUUGGUCGUGUAGUCACCGGCUUAUGCACUGUGUCUGUUCCCACAUUCGUAACCGAGAUUUCGACACCAAAUAUCAGGGGUUUGUUGGGAAUGGCAUUUAAAGUUUUCGGAGUGUUCGGCAUACUUUACAUGGAUAUCUUGAGCAUAUGGUUGCCGUGGAAUUGGGUAGCCUUUGGCGGUAUAAUACCCUCAGUGCUCCUGUCGUUGUCCAUGUUUUUCAUCCCGGAGUCGCCCAAUUGGCUUAUGUUGAAGUUUGGCCGUUGUUUACGGGUAGUCGAGGCCCUCCAUCAGCUCCGGCACCCCAACAGUGACAUCGACCAGGAAUUGGACGAAUUGGAGGAACAGGUGCUCAGCAUUCAGUCCCAAAAGGCCUCGGGUUUUAGCAUUAGGCUACUGGCCCGUCAGGACGUGUAUAAGCCGUUACUCAUAGGCAUACUUUUGUGCUUUUUCCAGCAAUUUUCCGGUAUUAAUGCCAUACAGUUUUACAUGACCCAGAUAUUCAUAGACUCAGGGUCAUCCAUGGAGCCUAAGUACGCGGUCAUUGUAGUUAACUGUAGUAUGUUUGUGGCCACCCUUAUAGGCUGUGCACUGAUAGACCGUUUGGGCCGUAAGAUACUACUAAUAGUGAGCGGAACGGGACAUACGAUAAGUUUAGCUGUUUUGGGCUAUUAUUACUACAAGAACCCGGGCUCGGAUACCGGUGCCACAGUCAACCCACUCACCACCACCAGCACACUGUCAUCACUACUAGACCCGUACAUCACGGCUACGGAGGUGUCGGCGCACCCGGAGUCCAGCGUACUGCCCAUCGUAUGCUUGGGGGUGUUUGUGAGCGCCUACUCCAUCGGCUUCAGUUCUGUCAUAUGGAUCGUCAUUACGGAGAUCUGUAACACGGCUUAUGUAGGCUUUAUACAAUCCACGUGCUCUGUAUUCGUGUGGAUAUUCGUGUUUGUGGUGACCAAGGAGUUCGAGGACUUGGCCCGAGUGGCCCACAAGUACGGGGCCUACUGGAUGUUUACGGGCAUUUGCGUGCUGUCCACCUUGUUCAUUUUUUAUUUGCCCGAAACUAAGGGUCAGUCCAUCGACGAGAUACAGAAGCGCUUCUACCCGAAGGUCUAUAAGAGUAGGCCCUCCGCCCCACCUGACGAGUCCCAUAUGCGGGCCAUUUAA